AUGCAGGGUGAUUUGGACUGCAAAGCAUCAGGAUUGCAACUACUCCGACAGGAGGCGCUAAAUCGACUACGGUCGUGGCCAAAACACGAGUUCCUCCACGCGAAGCGGGAAUGGAAUCAGAGUGCGGACAAGUUGGCAAGUGCGGUGCUGCAACGGGAAGAGGGUGAAAUAGUCACCUCAGAGGACGACCGUCAAGAUUUGAUCACUCUCAACCGACUGGGCAAAAUGCUGAAACCAAAGUUGAUCGAGACAGUCGUUAGCGUAAACGCAAUCACACGAGCCACUGAGAGACAGCACCACACACCGAAAGCGAUCGAAGAAUCUAUCAUACAGUGCAUACGGUGUCAGAGGAUUAGGCAGGCUCAGGGUGAAGAGAAAUCGAUUGCAGAUCUGAAGAAGUACCUGGACGGGGAAGUGAGUGUCUUGGCAGCAGAAGAGGCGAAGACAUGUUCGAAGAUAGCUGCGAGUUAUGAAGUAGACGAGAAUGGGCUACUCUUCUUCUGCCCCAAGACGCUGCAACGAGACGAAGAUCGUGAUGGUGUCGUCAGGAUGGUGAUACCCGAUAGCUUGCAGCGGGACUUCCUUCACCAUUAUCAUGCCAGUCUAGAAGGAGGCCAUCAAGGCGUCGGAAGGGCAUACGGAGGAUCCAAGCGAGCUUUCACUGGCGUGGGCUGUAUCGAAGUGUACAAUGUUACGUGGGGGAAUGUACCGAUUGCAAAACCGGGAAAGGAAAGCCAACGGAUCAAGGAGAAUCACCAGGAAAUAUCCAGGGUGAUCUUCUCCAUGGACCACAUUCCGUCGUUGCCAAAGUCCUUUAAGGGGAACACCGAACUGCUGAUUUUUGCUGACCUGUUCACGAGAUAUGUAAUCGCCAAGGCUGAUCCGUCGAGAGAGGCGCUAACAGUGACCGAGAAUUACGAGGAAUGCGUCUUCCGUCGUUUCGGCGCGAGCGAAGUCAUCAGACAUGACCGGGAGUCGGACUUUACGUCGGACUUUUUCCGUGCCUUCAACCGGAUCGUGAAAAUGAGGCAGAGCGCAACAAUGGCUUACCGUCCACAAGGGAACGGCAAGGCUGAGAGAACGGUACAAACCCUGACACGAGCCCUGAAGCUGUACGUUGCAGACGUCAACCAGCAAGACUUGGACGACUAUGCGGAGCGGCUGAUGUUUGCGCUGAAUACGGCACACGAUCAAGUGAGGGGAGAAACGUCGUUCUUCCUAGUCCAUGGAUGGGACCCGCGGUCGACACUGGAAGCGGUUGUAUCGGUGGGAUCGACACGCCGUCGUGACUGCAAUGCACGGAGAUGGAGAUAUCACAUACAGGGACAGUACCGCAGAGCCAGGGAAGCAGUCAACGAGAAUCUACGCGAUGCGAUCAAAUCUAGGACUGACCAGCACAACGAAAACGUUAGACCGCACCGGAUUGAGGAAGGCACACAGGAAGGUUACGCCCGCAAGCGUGCACACAUGUGGCAUGGACCGUUUCGCGAAUCCGAGCUGAUCGGCAAUCACGCAGUCCGUCUCCAGACCGCCGACUCAGGGUAUCGCAUCUUUCCGAUAGUACACCUGUCGAAGCUGAAGCCAGUACGGACAUUCCCAGACCGACCAAAGGUUAUUUUGAACACCGAAGACGAUGACACCGAAGACGAUGACCGGGUAGAUUUUGAUGAGGAAUUGUUGCCAGACGAUAGCUGGGAAACUCCACUGGGUGAAGACGAAUUCGAAGUAGAACGGAUCACGGAUGUGCGGUCAGGGAGACGCACCCGCUAUGGGCGGGUGCACCGAGAAUUCCAGGUCUAUUGGAAAUGCUAUGACCAACCGACAUGGGUGGACGAAACCGACCUCAAUUGCGCCGCUUUGCUGUACGAGUAUGAGCGCGGACGCACCAGCCGUAACCGCUUCAAUGUGAUGCAAUCACAUGAAGAAGGGAUUAACGCUGAGUAA